GUGGAGAAUAUCUUCAUGACGUAUGUGGAGCCUUACAUUUGCAACGAGAUACAAGCGUGUGCUUGCGCACCGGGCAGCUCACUAUCCCUCGACAAGAUGGCGGGUCAAGAUCACGAAGCUAUCCUCCGCAAUCUCCUCGACUCCAUCGCCGAACAACUGGGCUACGAGGACCACCAGCUCACCGUCACACCCAUCCACACCGCGGGAGCCAAUUACACCUCAAAAUUAUUCCGCACGACAAUUUCCGGAAAAGACAAAGAAGAUUUGAAAGUCUUCGGCAAGGUUGCCCUAAUGGGCGUGACCCUCAGAUCUCAAGUAAGAAUCCGUUUAUUCGAAACAGAGCAAUUCUUUUACAAUGAAUUGGCAAAUAUCUACGAAAAUAUUCAAGAAACGCAUGGACUUGCAACAGAACACAAGUUAUUUUUUCCAAAAUUCUAUGGAUAUAACGAUACGGAGCUCCAAGAGACGAUUGUUCUAGAAGAUUUGAGUGCGAGAGGUUUCUCGUGCUAUAGUAGAUUCGAGGCCAUCGAUUGGCCUUACGCCGCCAAAGCUGUUGAGGAGAUGGCUAAAUUACAUGCUCUGAGUAUGGCAUUUGCAAAGGAAAAUCCAGAACAAUUCGAAAGACUAAUGGGGAAUUACAGAUUCGAUCCGAAGGAAAAUAAAAAUGCAGUCGAAUGUUAUUGGAAGAAAAUGCUGAGUUCAGCUAUAAAUGCGUGCACGGAGGACAAUGCGAGGCUGUUGGAGUCGCACUACGGCGACAUGGAUGACUCGGCGUUUGUCAAAAUGAGGCAGACUUUGAGACGGCCAAUUUUAGUGCACAGCGAUUUUCGCCCCAGCAAUUUAAUGCAUAAAAUUCGUAAGGACGGCAGUUUGGAGAUGAUCGUGAUAGACUACCAGCUGCUGCAGGCCGGCUGUCCAGUGUACGACCUCCUCUUCUUCAUCAUGUCCGGCUCCGACGCCGCCUUCAGACGGGACCACCAGGACCGCCUCAGGGAACACUACUACGAGCACCUCAGAAGAGCUAUGCAGAGGUUGGAACUGGAUCCUGAUGAGGAAUACUCGAGAGCGGACUUCGAUUACGAGUGGAAUGAGAUGCUGCCAAACGCCCUGACGAUGGCGGUCUUUUCUCUGCCCAUCAUCACGGUCGAUGAAGAAGAUGCACCAGUGAUUGACCACAACACAGACAUGAACGGCUUCGCCAUAAUGCGGACGAGCGAAUUGUUCUCAAAAAGAAUGAACGAAAUCGUAUCGCGACUUCCGCAGAUGGGGCAUUUUGACAGCCGAAUGAUGAAUGGUUAUUAAUUACCAAUGAUGGUGCAACACAGACAAUCGUCGUUCAGACGAGAAUUUCAACUUUUUUUUUUAGAAUCUCAUUUAAAUUAUUUUUAAUUUGAAAUUUAAAAUCAUUUCUUUGACAUUAUUAAUUUAUUUAUUUUUAAUUUGAGCAUGAUUUUGAUAUUUUACUGAAGAUUUCAAUAUUUACCACCAAUAUUUUUGUAUUCCGACGAUUAUUUUUUUUUAAUAACAUAAUUAUGUAUAAGUAAUCAGAACAGAACCCCCUUAAACGUGUCAUUAGGCGUUUCGUCCUAUGAAUUUUUCGUCCUAUAGGGACGAAAGAACACCUCAGAAUUUUUAAAAUAAAUUUGGUACAGUUAGCAACACAAGCUUAUUAAAAAUAAAGAUUUUUUAUAAAUGUAAUUGGCGAAAAAUAGUUAGAUCUAGGUUAAUACUAACUUAUGGUAAUUUUAUUUCGUUUAAAUUAUUAUGUUGACGUUAAUAAAAAAAAAAUUGCAAAACGCACACAGAUUUCUAAAAUGCUUUUUUGUGUUUGUUUCGGCCCAAUUAUUUGAUUGAUUGGAACGAAAACUUCAUGGGACGAACAACGACAGCUUUAACUUAUGUAAUGACUGAUAAAAACUUAAUUAAGACAAUUAACUAUUAAUAUUAGCUCAAUUUUAUUUUAAGUAUAUAAUUUUGUGCCUCAACUAAUUUACAAUGUUAGUAGGUAAUACAAAUAAUAAAAAUUAUCGUAGUAA